AUGCACGAGCACGAGCACCAGCAUGACGACGAGCACCAGUAUCCUGUACCGGACAGGACUGACCCGAACCCAGAAUCAGCACUCGAAUACGAGGAUCCCAAGAUGCUUCCCACGAUCAAAGGCACCGGCUACCUAGUCCUCAAUGGACUUCGAGCUCUCACCCUCAUUGGCCUCGCCAUGACCAUGACGUCCUCUUGGAUCAUGAUUGUCCUCUCCGGCCUUGGUGGACGCUUCGACUUCUUCGACUCGGCUUCGCACUUCUUCGUCUUCGCCGUCGCCAUCUUUCUCUUCAUCUCCGAGUUGAACAUCAGGUCCUUCAGGGCUUUCUUUGCCAGGAACUGGCCCGUCCUCUGCCCAAGUCAUUCGCUGGUAUGGCUCGGUCUGGCCAUGGUCGUCAUGGGCUGCGCCAUCAUGGGCGAUCUCGUCAAGCCGGCCUACUCCAUGGACAACCUCGGACUUGCCAUGUGGCGCCUCGUACUCGCCACGGGCAUCCUCUCCCUCACCUUCGGCGUCUUCAACGUCGUCGCUUCGCUCAUCUUCAACACUUCCGAAGGCGAAGGCAAGAUCCGUCGACGAAUCACGGCCAGAAUGAUCCGCAGCCACGGUGACCAAGCUAAGGGCAUCAUCGAGAAGCAGGACCCAUUCCCGGACUACUACAGCACCAGCCAGGGCAGCUACCCCGAGGAUCUGCCACCGGCCGUGAACAACCACUACUACCCCCCGGUCCAAGAGCAGGAGCAGCCGGAGCUGGACACCACUUUCAAGGCGCGGGCGCACAGGUGGACCAAGGCCGCGUUCCCCAAGAACUUCCGCAAGUCCGGCAGGUUCCCCGUCAUCAGCGACCCCAUCCCCAGCGUUGGCGUGGUGGCGCCCACUCCUCAGAUGAACAGCACGGACAGCAAGCGAUCUGGUGAUCAUGCCAAUGUCGACCUCGAGCGCGGCGACAGCUUCCGCAGCAACCGCAGAAACAGUGGCGGACGCUUCCCUAUUAACACGGGCAGUGCGGGAAGAAACAACAGCCCUCCGCCUCAGAAUGACCGCUCCAGCCCCGUCUCGCCGAACGUCCAGAGGCCACCGACUGUGCUACACCCUUACUACAACGGUGGCAGGAGGAGCCCGAGUCUGUACAGCGAUGCGAACAUGUCCCGGUUCUAA